AACAUAAAAAAAAAAACAAUCUUCUCUUGUUAGUAACCAUGGAGUGUAGGCCAUUGGAUCUCACUUUAAUAUCCGCAGAGGAUCUCAAAGACAUUCAGCUGAUCGGUAAGCAAGACUUAUACGCCGUCGUUUCACUCAACGGUGACGUGAGGACCAAGCAAAAGACGAAAGUGGACAAAGACUGCGGGACGAAACCUAAAUGGAAGCAUCAGAUGAAGCUCACAGUCGAUGACGCUGCGGCGCGUGAGAAUCAUCUCACACUCGUCAUUGAGAUCGUGGCUGAUCGUCCCAUCGCCGGUGAUAAACCAGUCGGAGAGGUUAGCGUUCCGGUGAAGGAGCUUUUGGAUCAGAAGAACAAGGAAGGUGACGUGGAGGAGAAAACGGUGACGUAUGCUGUGAAGCUGCCUAACGGGAAGACAAAAGGAUCUCUUAAAUUCUCUUUCAAGUUUGGUGAGAAGUAUACUUUCGGUGCUUCGAGUGAUCCUCACGCGCCUGGCUCAUCGAGUAUGGAGCAUAAGUCUAUGGAUCAUCAGCCCGUCGCAGCUUACCCGCCCGGACAAGGUGGUUCGGUUGCAUACCCGCCUCCUCCAGGACAUGAUGAUAAACAUGGAGGUGUUUACGGUUACCCUCAGGCUGGUGGAUAUCCGCCACCUGGUGGACCCGGUGGUUAUCCACCAGCUGGGCCUGGUGGGUAUCCGCCACCCGGUGCAUACCCACAACAAGGUGGAUAUCCGCCUCCACAGCAAGGAGGUUAUCCGGGGUAUCCACCACAGGGUCCAGGUUAUGGAUAUCCGCCACAGGGUCCGUACGGUUACCCGCAACAGCAAGCUUACGGUGGUCAGCCGCAGAAACCGAAGAAGAAUGGAGGAGCUGGAAUGGGACUAGGGCUUGGACUUGGAGCUGGUUUAUUGGGUGGGUUGCUUGUUGGUGAGGCAAUUGAUGACAUGGGUGAUAUGGGUGAUUUCUGAUUGUGCUAUCUCUAUGGUGUUAACUUUCAAUUUCUUAGUUAACUGCUGCUUUGUUUUUCUCUUUGGUGGAUCCUGUGAGAGAUCAACAAGUUCCAUCUUCUUGUGUUUAGUUUCUGGCCUUCUCAUAAUGAAAAAAAAUGAAGUUGAUGUAUAUUGCUUUUGUAUAAGAAUAAUGUGCAUCAUGGAAUGACUAAACUCAUUGAUAGUCAA